CUGCAAUCAAGGAGGGCCAAGAGGGAGGCCUGUUCACUAUCAUUACGGGAAUGCCGGCCGGUUUUGUAUCAUACCAAGAUGCUUGCUCGAUUUUUCUUGCACUUUCAUAUAUAAUCCAUUCAGAAUCAGUUAUCAGGAUCGCGACCAUGCCUCCAUCAUCGUUACAGGGUCCAACCCUUACAAAUACAUCACUGUCAGCUGCAUGCAUUUAUCUCAUGUUUAGUUCAUUUAUAUAGGUAUAUCACUAAAGUAGGCUUGGUUGUCAACUCCAAGUCGUGAUAAUAAACCUAUUGUCCUAUCAACGCCAAUAAAAACAAUAACGUUGUUCAGUGAGUGAACGGCUCACCAUUUCUAUCGACCAUUACCUCCGUCGGUUACAAGGAAGCUCAGAAUCGAGCCUCAUUGAGCAAGUUGGCGGGCCAUCAAGCUUCCGACGAGCGGCUCCGCUGGGGUCUGCCAUCAGUCAAGCAGGAAGCUAGCGCCAGUGAGACAGCAGAGGCGGAUGCCAUCAUAGUCGCCUCUCCCUUUUAUACCUCGCAUCAAGCAUUUCCCCAGACAGAACCAGGCAGGGAAACUUUAACAUUAGACACGGAAUAUACGUUCUUUCCACAGCUUCACGCAGGCACAGAUCAUGAUCAGACUACUUUCCAGCGCCCACGUCGGCAAACCACCCCUCCCAUGGCUGUGACGCCUCAGGGAGACCACGGGUCGUCGGCGGGCUCUCGAUUCGAGUGCUCGUUAUGUCCCAAGACGUUCCCUCGGGCGUGUGAUUUGAAAAAGCACACCAAGUUUCAUGAGAGGCCUGUCAAGUGCCCUUAUGAAGACUGCCCAUUUCAUGACCGUGGCUUCUCCAAUGAGAAAGAGCUAGACCGUCACAUCAAUGACAGGCAUACGGAAUCACCACAGAUGUACUCAUGUAGUUACUCUGGCUGUAACCACAAGUCCAAACGGGAGUCGAACUUGAAGCAGCACGAAAAGAAGAAACACAACAUAGUUCAUCACCGAAACCGGUCUUCGGGAUCCUAUGUCUGUCCAUUUGUGGGCUGUAACGGUCCAUGCCGCAACGAACUGGAAACAAGAGGUCGCCACGGUCAGCCGACUGAGAGCCACCUCAUUGACGAUGCUUUGACAGGCCAGCCAAUUUUUCAAACCCCCUAUACUUGGCCAAAUAGCUCCAUGGAAGAUAUCGCACCCUUUAUACCAGCCACAACUUUGGCCACUUCUCGCAACUUUGCUGCCAUCACAAAGACAGAGCACCCGACACCCCUGGCCUAUCCAUUGCUCCGAUCACCAGACCACAAUGAAAAUCUCAACUCUGCAUUGUCCAGACUCCAUCAGCUUGCAAUUCCCGAAUAUGGUGGCACAUCAGUUCAAGGUCAGACGAUGAACUCGGCACAGGCUAGAGAACUGUGGAAUCUCGCUGAAGCAAUACCGUUGGUGCCACCAUCUGUGGAUUCGACAAACUAUUCCGGGUCUUGUGCUGUCCAAGGAAAAGGCGCUUUGUCUAUAGACAGGAACACGACCCCGACACGAAAGCGAAAACGAGGCAAUGGCGACGCUCCGGAAAUCUUAGCCACUGGCGUCUCUCAUGCUUUUGAUGCAGGAUAUGGAGAGGUUGAAAGUGUCCGAGAUGCCGCUGGAGAUUCGGAAUACGAUCCAUCCGACGAUCACAGGAGCCCAAGCUUGCCAUCCACCGAGUUUAAUAACUCUUCCCGACUGCAGUGCCCCUUUAAGCAUGUAAAUCCCCAGAUCUAUUCAAGCUUGAGGGAAUCAAGGUACAAACAGUGCGACGUUGAACGCGGGCCCAUAUCACAGAUAACGCGUCACCUAACUAGGAGGCAUGGCUUGAGUGUUACAAACAACUGCAUAUCGUCCUUUGACGCCCCGGUAUUUGACGGCAUUCAUCAUCCUUCUGCCAGCCUCUGCAAAAACUGCUGGAAGACAUUCAGCGCUCGGUCCGAGUCCGACAGCCAUUUCUCUCGCAAGUGCCCUCCAGAGGCUCGAAAAGCCCUCAGCCGCCCAGAAAAGUUCAGGCUUCUCUGCGAGACCUUUUGUACAAUCGUGCCUGCAACAAACAGCUCAUCCAGUCGCUCAGUUGCAGCUCAGCGGCAUGAGCACCAGCCUAGACGGCCGAGCAUGCUUUCUCAUGUCAGUUCUGCUCUGGCCCACGACUACUUCCACGAUCCACAGGACAUCUCUCAGGAUGAUGGCCAAGUUGCGGCGCUGCAUGCGCGCAUCGCGAGCAUCGACCGUCGUAUUGAUGAGCUUGACUUUGAGAAAUCCGAAUUAUUGAAGCAGGUCCAGGAGCUGACCCAGGUGGGAGGAGCGGCACAAGGCGCUCUGAGCACCUUGGAGAGUCAACCGAACUCGCAAGCGACAGAGAGGGAUGUCCUUGUUGGCGGCAUGGAUCGUUCAACCGAGGAAGAUUCCAAUAUAGCCAACUUUCCAGACGACGCCGAGUCGACCCUCAUCUCGUAUGAUGAAGAUAUGAACAUGUUUGAUGAAACCAUGUUGGAUGUGUUAUUUGAGAAUACAUAGCCAAACCUUUGAUGAUCUGACGAUAUGGUCAUCGGGUUGAAUGGUCUGGCUGUUUUCCUUGUAUCUUGUGGUAAAAUGCAUUUUGGUUGGCUUUGGCUGGUUAUUUUUCAUAUUUGGUAAAAUGGAGUUUGGUUGGCUUUGGGUUGUGCUUCUUCAUCCAUCCAAUUUUUAGGAUGUGUGUACUUUCCUACUUCGCUAUUUUGAGAAUUGAUAUAGACUUUGUUUAGAGACGAGGUAUCUUUUGCAACUAUAUAUAUAUAUAUAUAUAUAU